CAAGCCUCUGAGUAUGCCAUCUCUGAAGCUUUUUCCCUUCAAGAGCCGAGGUAUCCACAAGGGCUGUGUGGUCCUGUGACGAGGUUGGAAACUGUGGAACAGCUGCAAGAUCAUGAUGAGGCCUGUAAGGAAGCCCGAGAGCUGCUCAGUAGCUGGAUGAAGUCCAAACUGCAACUGGAGCUGAUGAGCGAUGGAGAAGCCGAAGUUCGCUCUGUCCUCCCGGAAAAUCCUUCUACAGCCAUUCCGAAGUACGAGCGGUUUGAUGGUGAAAGAAAAUCGACUGAGGCGUCAGAAGGCGUUAGAGCUGCAGAGGCAAGAAAAGUCCCUGAAGAAAUCCAUUCUGUCUGAGGCCAAGCUCCAAAUACAGGAGGAGGACAGAAGAAAGGCCCUGAAGGCCAAGAUGGAGGAGGAGGAGAUCCAGAGGGAAAUGGUGAAGCUGCGAAAGGAAAUGGCUGAGAAGAGGCAAACCAUGGCAGAAGCACGGAGAAUGGAGGGGAAGAGACAAGAAGAAAGCCAGAAUCUGUCAGUGCAGGAGGUAUCUAUUACGGUGUCACCGCCCCUGCACCUGAAGAAAGAAGAGCAAGAAAAGGAGAAACAGAGAAAGGCUCAGGAGCUGCUGAUCAAGAUUCACACCAACAAACAGAGAUGCAUGCAGCGACAUUUCUCUGCUUGGUUCAAACUCAUUCUGGAACACAGAAUUAAAAUGGGGAAAGCCAGAGCCCUUGCUGACUGGAAAUGCCAAAUGAAGGCCCUGCGAGCCUGGAGAAACUAUACUUGGACCCAGAAAGUACAGCAGGAGACACAGCAAUUGGAAGUCCAUCUCCAAGACCAAAACAGGAAAAACCAGCUGUCUGCAGAGCAUAAUCAGCGGCGGCUUCUGCGCUGCUGCUUUCAAGCAUGGCAGCGCUGGAACCAAGCAGAGACAGAAAAGCGAGAGCUGCAGCUCAAGAGGGAGGAGACAAAGAGGAAGAUGGCACAGCUGCUGGAGGCAGUGUCACUGGGGAAGGGGGACCUGGACGGGCCACAGGAGGCUAGCAAGCCUAGGACAGCAAAAGUAAACCAGCAUCAAGUUUUGCAGCAAGAGGAGCCAACUGAAACAUGCCUCAUACAGGAAGAACCCGACCAGACCAGAGACCACUCUUGUUGGGAUGCUGCUCACACAUCUCAUUCCAACAGAAAACCCAAGUUUGCCUGGCAGAUCACCCUAAAACAUGCAGCCCUGAAUGCCCAGGACCAGGCUAUGUACAGGAAUCGAAUAGCCACUCUCCCCCAGCAGUUUCAGGCACCCAGCCCCAAGACAACCCCUGCUUAUGGUAGUUGUUUUGAGCACCGUUACGCCUUCCAGCAACGUCUGAUUGAGGAGCAGAGGCAGCAGCUUCAGAAACAGCAAGAGCUGAUCCUUGAACUGCAGGAAAAUCAGAGGCUGAGCAGAGCAAAAGGAGAGGCAGCACAAGCCAUGGCAGUAACCCAGGCACUUAACAACUCUGCUUCCCAAACCAGGGAGUUAAAAAUGGAGAGCGGAAGACAAUCCAAAUGCAAUACCACCCCUUUGAGCCUGCCUCUUUCUCGUAGGUCCCAGAACACCAGGGCAGUGACGCAAGGCAGGAGGCCCUCCACCCAGCUGACCUCAGCUCAUCCCAUACUGAAAGCUAUGGAGGAAAGAGCAAUUCAGCGGGCAGAACGGAGGAGGAAAUUAGAAGAAGCCAAACAACAAAGAGAAGAGGAGAAACUGGCCCAGAUGAAGGCUGAAGAGGAAGCACGUCAGAAGAAGGAGGCAGAGGAAAAGGAAGCUCAGCAGGAAAAAAGACGGGAGGAGAGGAGGCUACAGAAGCUGAAAGAGCUGGAGAAGCAGAGGAGGCUGGAAAGAGAUCAGGAACUCCAGAAAAAGGCCAGAGAUCACUAUGAGAGCGUCCUGAUGAGAAAAUUGGGAAUGGUGCCGUGGAAGAGGCUGAGGGAGCAAGCCAAGGAAAACUUGGUGGUGGCCGAGAAGCACCACUGCCUGGGCCUGCAGAGGAAAUGCCUGAUGGCUUGGCUCCAGCACACCCAGAGCAGCCUUUCGGAGAAGGUGUCUCGGGCUGAGGACUUCCAUUGCCACACAUUGCUCAAACGAGGCUUCAGGAACUGGCUAAAGUACAAGGAUUAUCUGUCUAGCCUAGAAGAGAGAGCGAAUACCCUCCGUGCAGCCUGCCUCAAGAGGAAGUUCUUCUGGGCAUGGUUUCAUCUGGUCAUGGAGGAAAAAAACACCUUAAGGGAGAAACUGAAGAUUGCUACUGAACAUAGCGACAAGAGACUCAUGCUGAAUGCAUUCAAAGCUUGGAGGCAGUACCCAUUACUGAUGAAAAAGGAAAGGGAGAGGGAGGAAAGGAGGAACCAGCUACGAAGAAGAGUAGCUGAAAUUCUCCCCGACUUCCAAAUGUAACAGAAGAAACUGGCCAGACCAACCCACGUGCAUAUGGAACCUACUUUGAUGGUUUCAUCACUUUGACUUGAGGUUCUUGCCCACAAGGUCCUCCCAGUUUGAGGUCUCCACUGGGAGGUCUGGGCUGGGUGGCAGUGAGCCCCAGGUAACCAAAGGCUAGCCCAGGGUGAGCUUUAGCCCAGGACCCUUUCUUCACGCAGAGCUGCGGCACUGACACUAACCCUCCUCCAUCACAGGAGGCACAGAACUGAAAUGUACCUAUUAAGCAGAAACCUGGUGCUUUUCUGGUGCCAGUACUCUGUAGGGCGACAGCUUGAUGGUAGAGCAAACAGACUUCACUGUCGGCUGAUCCCUGCUAACCCCUACUGUGAACUUGGCCACCCAGAGAACAGCUUCUGGCUAACUGAACCAGGGAAGCGUGGAUGAGAGAAGGCGAGGGAAGAGCUAUUUAUGCAAAUUGUAUUUACUAACAGUCCAGGUUACAACAUCACAUACAGACAAUCUAAAACCUGGACUCUUACAAGGCACAGUCUAGUCUACUGUGCUGGCCAGUUCACAAGCACAGUGCUUUGAUUUUGGGUACAAGUGGUUAUUCCAAGUUCAUGAUCCUCUGGCUUCACGUCCAUCAUUUAAACAUUUCCCAUGCUGGUCAACUGUAGGAUUUGAAGAUGGAUUGUGCAAGUCUGUCUAGGCCCUUCCACUUGAUCCAACACCUCAAAUAACACCAAAUAUAUAUAUAUAUAUAUAUAUAUAUAUAUAUAUUUUAAGUGCUUUUACAUAAGCUCAAACAGAAAAAGAAGGCUUCUCAUAAUUCUUGAGCCUUAACCUGCAGCACAGUGCAGAUAUAGUAAUGCAGGGAAGGUACAGUAUGUCUUCUCUCAGCAAUAGCAUAAGGGAAGAAUCUGGAGUCGCUUCCCCCUCACAAGAUAGGCAAAGUUCUCUCCAAAACGAUUUGGCAGUGUGGAGAGUACUUGGGCAAUGCGAGGAAGAUGACAGUUUACUGUUAUCCAUUGUACUGGAUAAUUUUUAAAUCCUGUAUAUGCAGUGAAAGUUUCCAAUAAACCCAAAUCCGAAACGA